CUAAAACCGGAAUUUAAGGAAGAAAACAAAGCACAAAAGACAUAAUAAUCAAGUUCAUGAUCGCUUUAUCACUUUUGCUUAACAGCGGUUACCGAUAAACCUCGGGUUAAUUAAUUAAUUAUCUACUAGUACUAUACUAUAUCACUAUUCAUCAGCUGUCACAGCAUUAAUUUAACAGGGGAAGUUUUUUUUUUACAGUUAUUAUUAGUUUCUUCUUGUCUUCCUUUGGCUGUUUUCUGAGAGUUUUUGCCUGCCUUUUUUAUCACGAUCACAUUCCUUCCUCUUUGUCUCCUCUACCCACCCAAUCUCCUUCCUUUUUUCUCUCUCUUUCCGUCUGUAAUCAUCUCUCCAGUAUAUACAGACGAAGAAUUUAUACAUGAGGGAAAUUUCCAUUUCUGAGACAAUGCAGCUUCAGAACAGAACAGUACAAGUAAAGCACCUGUCAGAUCUAGCGACGGAAAGAGAAAUUCACGAGUUCUUCUCAUUCUCCGGCGAGAUUGAGCGCGUUGAGAUCCGCCGUCAGUCGCCUCAAUCCGGAACUGCUUUUGUCACGUUUAAGGAGCCUAAAGCGCUUGAAAUCGCUUUAUUAUUAUCGGUAAACCCUACUGUUUUUUCGUGCUUGGUGUUGCAGACUUUCUCAGCUAGUGCUUUUUUUUUUUUUUCUUAAGAUAUAUUUGUCAUUCAUCCAUGUUGUUGGAGAACACACAACUAUAGUCAUUUUGGAAGUAGGAAGGAAUGAAGAAGUCAGUCAUAUCAAGAGAGGCUCUAAAAUUAGACUAAAUACGUUGGAAAUGGUUUGAGAAAACUGAAACAUUAAUCGAAAAACGGUUGCUUCGCAAUUGCAUCGUAUCCAAGGUUUUGUGCAUUUUGAUUCACAUGAAUUGCCAAGGAGUCUCUGCUGAUGGAUUUUUUCCUUUCACUGGAUAUGUCACGAGUUCUGCAACAGUUUGAUUGUGUUGCAAAGCUAAGCGAAUUUCUGUAACCUGCUGCUGUUUAUGGGAUGGUCUUGCUCCCCUCUAUUAUUGCCAUUUCUAGCUCAGAACUGUACAAUCCUUUUUCAUACAUGAGAUUCUCGAAUUAUCCAUCUUGCUAUGGUUAAGUUAUUUCAAUCUUAUAUUUUGCAGGGAGCAACAAUUGUCGAUCAGAUUGUGGCAAUAACACCUGCUGAAAACUAUGUUCCCCAAUACGACGUUAGGGAGGUGAGGGUAGUCGAGAAUGCGGUGAACACGUCUCAGGAAGAUUCUUCACCAGCUAAUGAGGUCAAAGAUAGCCCUCCAAGGAGUGGAAAAGUAUAUGUGGCUAAAGCCCAAGAUGUUGUCUCAAGUGUGAUUGCAAAGGGUUCUGCUUUAGGACAAGAUGCUCUCAAUAAGGCCAAGGCAUUUGAUGAGAAACAUAAAUUGAGAGCUAAUGCAUCCGCUAAAGUCAAUUCGUUUGACAAGAGAGUUGGAUUAACUGAAAAAUUUACAGUUGGGGUGUCUGUGGUGAAUGAGAAGGUCAAAUCUGUGGAUCAAAGGCUGCAAGUGUCGGAUAAGGCGAUGGCGGCUCUUAUGGCAGCCGAGAGAAAAUUAAAUGACACUGGAUCAGCUGUGAAAUCAAGCAGGUUCGAGGAACCUCUAAUUUUAUAUUUGAAUUCUACGUUGCGUUUUACCAUGCGACAUUAUGUAUCUCACUUAUUUUACAUAGUGUAUACUGCCUCACCUUUUUCAUCAAGUUUCCUUGGGUAUGUGCGUCAUCAAAAACUUACAUUAAUUAUAAUGCAGACCAAGUUGACUACUCACGCAACCUUUUGUAUUGUAGUAUAUAUGCAUAUUGAUUAUUAGUAGAAAACUUGGAGAUUAAUUCUUUGGAGUUGAUCAGGUAUGUCACAGCUGGAACGGCUUGGCUGAAUGGUGCCUUCAGUAAAGUUGCAAAGGCUGGGCAGGUGGCUGGGACUAAAACUAGAGAGAAAUGGAGCAUUGCUUUAUCAAAUUUGACUGCUAAGGUGGGCAUGCAAUUUCUUCUGUAAUACUAGUAUAUAUUAUGAUUUGCACCAUUUCCAGGGCAGCUAUGACAUAAACGGUCAUGGUUUGAAAUUGUUGAUUGAAGAUAGCAUGAAGCUUAGGAUUUACGUUGGUAAUCAUUUUGUACACUUCAACUCCUCAUAAUUCUACUGGUUUUAAUUAGGAAACUUAUUUUCAUGAAUCAGUUAAGGGAAAUCUAAGAGAAAGAAAUGCUUAGAAGCUAAGGGUUGUUGAUGAUGUCACGAUCUAUGUGCUGUUCCCCAGUGUCAUUUUGCUUUUCUACAGCUACUAUUAGAUUUCAUUGACUCCAUGUCUAUUACGAGGAAAGAUAAUUCUGUAUUUUUUGGGUGUGCAUCUCUUUGGGUUUAACGUAGGACAGACGCAUAUAUUAUAGUAGACUCCUACUUGUUGCAAAGUAACGUUGUCUUUGCUAGAAGAUGACCAUGGAAGUUUUGAGAUUGAGAAGAUUAAUGAAGUUGCUAAUUCAAAUUGUUUGAUUGCAGGAUCCCUCUAUUGUUGCAUAAUUCAACUAGUAGCUUCAAGAAAGUUGCUGAAUUCUCGUACACGAUUCUCCAUAUUUGAUGAUUGUCUUGAUCUUCAUGAUUAUUUGUGGAUCUGGGUUGAGAGAUACCACCGUGGCGUGUGAUUCGACCAAUGUGUGCAAUUGUCCAUUGGUAUACAGUUUUGUUGAGUCCAUGUAUUAUGUCAUUAGUAGUGUAGUGUUUGAAUGGAACUCAUUUGUUUUAGAUGGAUUGGUGCUUCUGGAAAUGAAGGUCAUUUUUAUGCCGUUUAGUUGAAUUGAGUUUUCUGUACAAACAAAUUUGUUUGGCUCCGUACACAAAGUAGCUGCAAGUCUCAUGUAGCUUCCUGCCUUCCCCUUAUACAUCUACACCCCAAUGAAACCAUCAGCUCGUAAAGCACCCUAGUAAAACCACUUCACCGUCAUGUAUAUGUAUUUUUCUUCGAUUUCCUACACAACCUCAACUGCCGCUGUGUUCUCCCCCCCAACUUUGUAGCUCCCUCGCCGGCUUGAUAGAAUUGUUGAGUUUGAGUACUCAUUUCCAAUAUAAAUGUAAAUAUUUAAACUAAACAAUCAUUUUAUGAAAGAGAAAUAUAAAUGUAAAUAUUUAAACUAAACAAUCAUUUUAUGAAAGAGAAAGAAUCACGGUACUUAUUGUGAUACAUCUGUAUUGGAAUUAGUCGUAAAAGCGUCUAUCUGAUAAUGGUUCUCUUUUCUUCUUUAGGUUUAGGGGAUCCAUCAAUACGACGGUCGGGAUUACUGAUUAGGAAGGUCAUCAGGAUUAAAGUCGUCAUCGUCAUCCAAGCUCCACUCCAAAUGAAUGCCAUGAGCCUUUGGAUCCAAAUGUUUAACCCCUAAAAAUCAGGGCAUUUCCUAAGGCCCAAGGGCCCGCUUGCUGUUAACUUAUUAAUAAACUGCUUCUCUUUUCCCCUGGACCAAAAACUUGUAAAGGG